GAUGUUCGUGUUGUAGCUGUUACAUUGGGAUACGAAGAUAUAGAAAACCCGGAAAGGAAAAGAACAGACAAAAAAAAAAAAAGCUAAGAUAUGGGGGAUACGACAUCUGGGCAAUCCCAGUUCAUCGCCAGUGUCGGAAAUCGGAGCUUCGCGAACUCUCCUUUGAUCGAAAACCCAGAUUCCAAUCAGAUUAUUGUCCCUGAGAAGAAGAGCUGGAAAAACUUCUUUGCAUACUUAGGUCCGGGGUUUCUUGUUUCGAUCGCUUAUAUUGAUCCCGGAAACUUUGAGACCGAUCUGCAAUCAGGAGCACAAUAUAAGUACGAGUUGCUGUGGAUUAUAUUGGUGGCUUCUUGUGCUGCUCUGAUUAUUCAGUCUCUGGCUGCAAACCUCGGCGUUGUCACAGGAAAGCACUUAGCUGAGCAUUGUAGAGCGGAGUACUCAAAGGUUCCGAAUUUCAUCUUAUGGGUCAUAGCAGAAAUCGCCAUAGUCGCAUGUGACAUCCCGGAAGUUAUCGGGACAGCAUUUGCUUUGAACAUGCUCUUCAACAUCCCGGUUUGGAUCGGUGUUCUUCUAACGGGACUAAGCACACUGGUUCUUCUUGCACUGCAACAGUAUGGGAUCAGAAAACUCGAAUUCUUUAUUGCCUUUCUCGUGUUCACCAUUGCUAUAUGCUUCUUCAUUGAGCUCCAUUACUCAAGGCCAGAUGCAGGGGAGGUCCUUCACGGUCUCUUCGUACCUCAACUAAAGGGGAACGGUGCAACCGGCCUUGCCAUUUCCUUGCUCGGAGCCAUGGUUAUGCCGCAUAACCUCUUUCUACACUCGGCCUUGGUCCUCUCAAGAAAGAUUCCCCGUUCAGUUACCGGCAUCAAGGAGGCUUGUCGGUUUUACUUGAUAGAAAGUGGGUUGGCCCUUAUGGUGGCGUUUCUCAUCAACGUCUCCGUGAUAUCAGUGAGCGGUGCAGUUUGCAAAGCUCCGGACUUGAGUCCAGAAGAUCGAGCAAGCUGUGAGGAUCUUGACUUAAACAAAGCUUCGUUUCUGCUACGGAAUGUUUUAGGUAAAUGGAGCUCAAAGUUUUUCGCUAUCGCGUUACUUGCUUCGGGCCAGAGUUCAACGAUAACAGGAACAUACGCAGGACAAUAUGUCAUGCAGGGUUUUCUUGAUCUACGGCUUAAGCCAUGGAUUAGGAACCUCUUAACCAGGUGCUUGGCUAUAAUCCCGAGUUUGAUCGUUGCCCUCAUCGGCGGUUCAUCCGGAGCAGGAAGGUUAAUCAUCAUCGCUUCGAUGAUCUUAUCGUUCGAGCUCCCAUUUGCUCUCGUCCCGCUUCUCAAAUUCACCAGCAGCAAGACUAAGAUGGGAUCGCAUGCCAACACGCUUUUGAUUUCAUCCUUGACUUGGAUCAUUGGAGCACUGAUAAUGGGCAUAAACAUAUACUACAUAGUGAGCAGCUUCAUCAAGGUGCUUCUCCAUAGCCACAUGAAGCUUGUGGCCGUCGUCUUCUGCGGAAUUCUCGGGUUCUCGGCCAUUGCCGUCUACUUAGCCGCCAUUGCUUACCUCGUACUCCGGAAGAACAGAAAGUCCACUAAUCUUCUAGCCUUGACGACGCCGGAAAAUUCUCAGACAGUGGAAUCACUUCCGAGAGAAGACAUUGUAAACAUGCAGUUGCCGAGUCGAGUGACUGCUUCUUCUGACGUCAAUUAAUCAUAUCAUAUCGAUAUAGGAUCAGAUCGAUAGAUUAUAUGGUACUAAUAAUCAUGGUUCUAGCGACAUGAACUUUGAUGGUUUAAAUGCAGGUUACCGAGUUUCAUGCCAUAGUUGAAUGUUAGAGCCAAGAAAAUGCUGAAAUAAAGACACAGACUUUGGUUCA